AUGGCCUAUGGGAUGCUGUGUGGCUGGGGUCAGACAAGUUUAGACGGGGUUGUCAUACUCGAGUCCACUGUGAACUUUGCAAGGGGGUCGAAAACUCCUAGUGUUGAUUUUAGAUCUGAUGAUGGAAUACAGAAGGUCAAAAUAUCUGAGGUAGUUGAUAUUGAGGAGAUGGCAUGGGCUCCGAAGUAUGGCUUGAAAGGGGUUAUUGAUGCCUCUGUCCGAGUAAAAGUUGAAUCAGACACCAAUAAAACUGAUGAGAAGAUUAUGCCUUUAGAGUUCAAAACUGGGAAAGGAACCAGUGGCCAGACAGCUAUGGAACAUAAUGCUCAAGUGAUGUUAUAUACUCUCCUUAUGUCCGACAGAUACCUAAAGAACAUUGAUUCUGGUCUUUUAUACUAUCUACACACAGAUCAGACACAGGGAAUUGUGGUUCAAAGAUCUGACUUGGUUGGGCUAAUUAUGCGUCGUAAUGAACUGGCAACUGAUAUUCUCAAGGCAUCAAUGUCACAGCAACUUCCACAAAUGCUACAGAGUCCAAACAUGUGCAAGGGUUGCAGGCACCUUAAUGUCUGUACUGUCUACCAUAAGGUGCAUGGAGGAAGCACAGCGGAUAGUGGAUUGGGUGAGCUGUUUGAUUCACUUGUUAACCAUUUGUCAACUGCACAUUGUGUUUUCCUGAAAAAGUGGGAUCGUUUGAUUGACUUAGAGGCGAAAGAAUUGGAGGCUGUGAAGAAAGAAAUGUGGUGUUCUCGUAGUUUAACGAGUGAACACUACACUAGUUGUGUUUCUUCUCUAGUUCUUGACACUUCAGAUAAACUCUUACCAAAAAAGUUUUCUAAGAGCAACCGAUUUAUUUAUCGCUUCAUGCGCCAAGAUUUGCCUCCACCUGAUGGUAAAGCAUAUGAAAUGGAUUCUUUGGGUCCUGCCUCUUCUCCAAUAAACAACAUGGAUUGCACCCUAAGAACUGGGGACUAUGUGAUGCUGAGCACUGAACCUGAUCGUUUGAUAGUUGCUAGUGGGGUCAUAGUGGAUAUCAGCAACUUCCAUGUUUUGGUUUCUUUCUCAAAGUGCUUAAGGCUUCCUGGAAGUAGCCCUUCUUCAGUGGCACAAGAUCUCUGUCGGCAGGUCUGGCGGAUUGACAAGGAUGAAAUUAUGACUUCAUUUGCAAUUAUGAGGUUCAACCUUGUUCAGCUCUUUCUGCAAAAUGAUCAGAGUUCUCAUCUUAGGAAGCUGAUAGUUGACCUUGAGGCUCCCAGAUUUGACAGUGGAUGUAUAUUUAGUCAAGAUCCAGCCCUAUCAUACAUCUGGUCGGAAAAAAAUCUGAAUGAUGAUCAGCGCAGAGCUAUAAUCAAGAUACUUACCGCAAAGGAUUAUGCACUUAUUCUAGGAAUGCCUGGGACAGGCAAAACAUCCACUCUGGUGCAUGCCGUGAAGGCGUUGUUGAUUAGAGGUGCAUCCAUUUUGCUUACGUCCUACACAAACUCAGCUGUUGAUAAUUUACUUAUCAAACUGAAAGCUAAGGGGAUAGAUUUUAUACGCAUUGGAAGAUAUGAAGCUGUGCAUAAGGAAGUUCAGGGCCAUUGCUUAUCAGCAAUGGACAUGCAUGGCAUUGAAGAAAUAAAGCUAAGGCUAGAUCAAAUCAAAGUCGUUGCUGUUACUUGUUUAGGGAUAACUAGCCCCUUGCUAGCCAACAAAAGAUUUGAUGUAUGCAUCAUGGAUGAAGCUGGACAGACUACCCUCCCUGUAUCACUGGGGCCGUUGAUGUUUGCAUCAAAGUUUGUCCUUGUGGGAGAUCAUUAUCAACUGCCACCACUAGUGCAGAGUACAGAGGCCCGCGAGAAUGGGAUGGGUGUAAGCCUGUUUUGCCGGCUUUCAGAAGCACAUCCCCAGGCAAUUGCAGCUUUGCAGAGUCAGUACCGUAUGUGUGCAGCCAUUAUGGAACUAUCAAAUGCCUUGAUAUAUGGUAACAGAUUACGUUGUGGUUCUUCUGAGAUAGAGGAUGCCAAACUUAAGUACACAAGUUCAGCAUCUCUGUCAUCAUGGUUAAAGGAGGUUCAAAAAAUGAAUAGGCACAAAGGGUGA